CACUGACAGGCACUGAUAGGCGGCACUGAUGUGCACUGAUAGGCAGCACUGACUGGCACUGAUAGGCAGCACUGAUAGGUGCCACUGAUAGGUGCCACUGACUGGCACUGAUUGGUGACACUGAAAGGCAGCUCAGAUGGGCACUGAUAUGUGGCAUUGAUGUGGCACUAAUGGGCACUGGCACGAGGCACUGAUGAGCACUGACAGGUGGCACUGCUGGGGCUACACUGAUCAUCAGGGCACACUGAUCAUCAGUGCCCUGAUGACCACCGAUCACAUGACCAAGCCAACAUCUUCGGCUCUUUCCGUGAUCAGUGAUCCGCUGUGUCUGAGGGAC